CCUCCUCCUUAGACUCACAGGUGAAAAGACCACCACCAAAUGGGCGGAGGAUCAACACACAGCGGCGGUGGCGGAGGAAACAAAACCAAUCCUGAAUCAUCAUCUAUGGAUUCAUCAAAAGUUACUUCUGUUGCUAAACAAUUAUCUAAACUUAUUAGUACUGGUCACCGUUUCGAUUCUCGCCAGUUCAAUCUCUGUGUUUCCUUGGCUAGAGGUAUUGAUUAUGCAAUUGUGAAUAAUGAGAUUCCAGAUGGAGUUGAUGAGUUACCAUCACUUUUUAAACAGGUUUAUGAACAUAAUAAGAACGGGGUGUUACUUGAAGCAACUAGUAUGAUGCUGAUGGCUUCAUUGAAGAGUGCUUGUCGGAGUGGAUGGUUUCUGGCUAAAGAUGCUGAGGAGCUUCUUAAUUUUGCAAACGAGGUAAGUGUAAGCUUUUGCAAUCCGCCGGAUAUUGUCAUAGAACCAAGUAAUCCUCCACCAGUAAUCUCAAACAUUAUAAACAGAUUCUAUCCUUGGAUUAAGAUGACGCGCAUCUUCGCUUCCCUUGAAGUCAAGCCUGGAUAUGGGGCUUAUUUGCUUGAUUUCCAUGUCUUGAAAAAUGAGGCUACUAUACAUGAAAAGUUUCGGUUAUUUGUUGCUCAAACGGAUAACGUAGAUACAUCUUCUUGCCUUAUAACCCCGCAGCAAGCAAAUUUCUUGUUAAAUGGCAAGGGAAUACGAAGAAGGAUUAUUAAUUCAUUGGAUAAUCGGCCGCAGAUCCCGACAAAUGUGACGGCAAUGGUUGAAUAUGGAACAAAUCUCCUACAGGCUGUUGGAGACUUUAAUGGUAACUAUACCAUUAUCGUUGCUUUUACGAGUGAGGCUUCUAUUGAUACUCCAGAUCUACAACAUUAUGCACGACCACUUUCUGCUGUGAACAGUUUAGAUUCCGGGAUAGUCAAAGGGGUGUCGCGUAUAUCACUUAAUUGUCCAAUAAGCUCCCGACGAAUAUCUGUUCCAGCGAAGGGUCGACUCUGCGAGCACCAGCAGCAGUGCUUCGAUUAUGCAAAUUAUAUUAAGAUCAACUCAAGAAGACCCUCCUGGCGCUGCCCUCAGUGCAGUCAGUCAGUCUGCUACACAGACAUAUACAUCGAUCAACGUACGGUUGAAGUAUUGGAAGGCGUAGGAGAGAAUGUUUUGGAUGUUAUUAUCUCAGCAGACGGAUCCUGGAAACCUGUCAGGGAAACUGAUGAUCCUGCACAUAAACAAGAUAAAACCCUGGGGAAAGAAGGAGAUGAGCCCAACCAUUGCAUACCUGAAAGAUUAUCAGAAUCUGCCACAAAUGUUGUGGAAGGAAUUGACAAGAAUAUUGCAAUGGAUACUAGUGAAGCCGAAGAUAUAAAUCCAUUGGAAAACACUGUACAUUCGAAUGAGUCAAUGGAAUUUGAUAUUACUGAGAUCCAAAAUGAAGAUACAUUUUCUUUAGGAUUUCUCUUCUCCAGUUCUUCUGCCACUAGCAAUACAGUGACACCGAGCACAAGAUUAAAUCCAUGUGCGAUGGAUCCUAUUUUAGAGCCGUCUUCGACCAGUUUUACGCUGAUUCGAAUGCCAGAUGAUGCUGUUAUCCCUACACACAAUCGAGAUCCAUGGGAUGUGUGUGGGACCUCUCAAUCUUCAACUUAUUUAAGCUGCAACUACCCAAUUCCUGAUAAUUUAUCACUGCAGUCAUUAGGCUCAUCAAGAUUUUGGGAUUUGGUAAUGAACGGUGAUACAGGACGACAGAUACCUAGGAAUAUUACCAGAACCCAGAUAGCUGUUCAGGCACUCCCUGACCAGUCUCUAUUGAUGCAUUCUCGCGAACGAGCACAACCAAGCAUUGCGGACUCUGGUGGUGCAACGGAAACCCUGCAGCAACGGUUUUCAAGUUCGAAUAUGGAUGUGAAUUCUGCUUCAGACAUGUCUCCAACUCCACCUGGCUUUCCGCCGAUGACACAGAACUGGGUUCCCCGGUCUCACUUCCCUAGUCAGCCACCAGUUCAACAGACUGUUGGUCUUCCUGCACCUAGCCGAUUUCUCGGUUCCUACCAAAAUGACGUCAGGAUAUCGUCGAGUCAGACAAGUGAAGACCUCCAUAACCUUCAGCCAUCUCCAGGCACAAGAGUCUCCCAAAUGGCGAGUCCACCUAUAAUGGCUAGAGCGCCCCCUCAUUUAUCCCGUAUGCAAGGUCGGAAGGGAAGAUCACCCUCCGAUGUGGCUUCCCUACCAAAAGGCAAACAUUCUGUCAUGAUGUCUCAGCAGCCUGCCCAGAGUGAAAGAAUACUACCUCUUGUACCAUUUCAGCUUCAGCCUAGAAGAGGAUCAUCUUCCCUUAUGGCUGGUGGUGGGCAUAAAUCUUUAAUUGGAGAACAAAGAGAAGGAAACGUUGAGGCAGAAAAUCCAGAUUUUACAAGUGUUAGUAAGUCAUCAAAAGUGACCCCAGAUCAAAACUGGCGGCCGUCAGGAAGAAUGCGAGGCAGCUUAUCAGGCCGGUCGUAUUCUGGUGCUCUUAGCCAGUACAUAAUUCGACCAACCCAGGUAACAUCUUCAUCCACCAUCAAAGAUCCACCGGUAAAUCCAUCCUCAACUUUUAGUGGCAGUACUGGUGUGGCUAAAAUACCCUCGCACAUCGGCAACAAUUCUGACACGCAUGCACCUACUUCGGCAAACCAACUGAUGCAUGUAUAUCCAGAAGUAUGUGUUGAACUGGAGGUGGGUAGCAGUAAAUCUGAGCAAUAAAAUACUGAUGGUCUUCGA